CCCCGUUCCUUUCUCCAAAACUCCGCUAAUAGUUAGGCGAUAACUUACCAAUGUUAGACGUUUAGGUUCUUCUGGGGGAUGGAGAAACCUCGCUAACGCUGAUUAUUCACUCCUGUCACAAUAGCUCACAGUAGCUAUCGAUAACCUGAAGUUUACUAUGACCCUGGCAGAAACCAUUAAGCAAUAAGUUCCCAUGUAACUUAGUCCUUCCAUCAAGGACAGGUUAGAGAUGCAACAACAGCAUUUGACUAUUCGACCUGCGAGCUGACUUUCACUUGCAUUUGGUCAGCCGUGCAAUGUAACUGCAAAACAUACGACUCCAUUAUUUGCUAUUCAAUACCUCUCAUAGUCUGCAAACUCAUCAUGGCAGACACGCAGCGUCCAAAACGAAGGCGUGUAGCGCCUACGCGGCUUGCUGAGGAAGUGGCCACUCCAGAGGAAAAGCCUCAAAACAAAGCGAGGAAGCAACCCGCUAGGAAGUCAGGCAAGAAAGACAUCUGGACUGAGGAGUACCUCACACAAAACCCAAAAUCACCAGUUGCCAGCGCAGACCUUGUGAGGCUGUUUUCCCAACCAGCAGCCUGGGAGCUCCUUGAUGAAGAAGAAAAAAGAAUUCUCAUGUCAUUGCUGCCAGACCGGGCGCUAACAGAUGAUCAAAGCGGCGUCCGGCCAGAGUUUCUUAAGCACGACAUAGAUUUCAAGACUGGAAUUCGACUUUACCAAGAGGACCUUGAGGCUGGAAGAUAUGACCCUGAAUGGCUCCAGCAGGCUGCGGUAGCAAUGGAAGAACGCGCUCAGGGCAAAUUUGAUGCCUGGAAGGAGCAGGAAUACGAAGCAUUCUGGGGUCAAAAGCAAGCCCUUUCCCACGACGUCGUCGCUGGGGCAAGCAGCAAAAUGAAGCUGGAUGCUAUGGUACGAGAAGGACAGUUCAAGGUGGGAGAUAUUUGGGCGUAUCGAAGGCUUGUUUGCGGUGUGCUGGUGGAAAAGGAAGUGAGGGUUGUCGGAUUUGGUCCGAAAAAGACCAUGGAAUUUUCAAUUCCACCAGGUCAGCACAAAUUUUCCUCGCCUCAGCAAGGUCCAGAUGUUAUUCUCAAGGGUGUAGUGGGACCCACAAUGCUUGCCAACGAAAUCUUGCGGGUCGAUGGGAGAGUGGAAAAGCCUCCAAAUGGGAACGGCUGGAAGGAGUUUCGCUGUAAACGAGACAAUCAGGAUAUGGGCUCCAUCUGGGAGAUGCGACAGGCCUUGCAUUAUAAGAUGGGCGGUGACUGAAUUUCAGCGGAAGACCUACUCAACAGAAAACGAAAGUGUACAUGGUGCCAAGAUACCACUUUUCUCUAUGCCAGCAAUUUGUCGAGCAUGCCGUCGUGGAAACCUCUGUCCGCUUUAUUACCAUGGCUAGUUCCAUGGACGUUGGCUUGACAACUUCGUCUUGGUUAUCAAUAUCUCUGCCUCGCUCACUUGAAUGAAAUGGCUGGCUUCAAGAAUUUUUUUAAAGGAAAGCCAGUUCAAAUCAGAGGCUAUAAUGCUAUGGUCGGUGAAAUUUGAUCAAGACAAUUUUGAUAGCUUCUCCGCGC